AUGGCAAAACGUGUGUUUCAAACUCCCACGCUGACCAGGGGAUCAAAUGAACCACCGACAGAGGAAGUCCACUUAUCUAAAGACUAUGCUGAAUUAGUGGAAGAAGGUAAUAACUUUGUGGAUAACGUUGAUGUAAUUACGCGUGAGGAAUCAGUUGAUGAAUAUAUCGGAUCCGUCACAAAUGACGAUGGAGUGGGUGAUGAGGACGUGCGUUCGUCAACUAGGGGAAUAGUUGCGCCAAAUGUCGGUAUGCUAAUACAACAUAGUGCGAGGUUCAUUCACGAUUCCGGGGAUGUUUCUAAUAAAUCUCAAUCGAUUUCUGAAACUGAACCAACCCAACCUGUAUUCAUGCCUGCCGGUGAUACAGCGGGAAAAGACGGGGAUGGUGGCAACCUAGAGGUUGAAAAGAAAGACCAGCAUACAGAAGAAGAUAUCUUAGAUGAUAGUGAUACAGCUCAAGAUAAUCAAUCUACUUCAAAUGAACCACUCAAUCAGCCCGAAAUGCUGACAAGUGCGUUACCGGAUGAGCCUGAUAUUAUUGAAGUUGACAAUAAAGAUUAUCACCGGGAAGACAUAGAAGCUGAAGUAGAUGUUCACCAGUCUGAAAAUGGCGACGAGUUUGUAGAGGAUGAUGAUACUGCUAAAAAUAGUAAUCAGGAUUCAGAGCAUGAUUCAGAGUUUGGAAACUCUAUAAUAGGGAGUGAAACUGAUCAGGUAUCGGAUUGUGCAUGGGAAGAAGAUCACGAAGUAUUGAAUCCUGUAGUCACGAACGUGAAAAGACAAAUCAAAGAACAGAUAGAAACGUUGCGAGAAGAGUUGUCAAAUCGAAAAGAGGACACACUAGGCGAACCUGGUUAUCUGAGCAUGUUUAGACAUGUCGAAAAGGCAGGAGUACACACAAAUAUAACACAAAAUCUUCAAAGAAUAUUGAUGAAUACGCGUGGCAAGGAGAUGAAUAGACAAGACUACCAGGGAAACACUGUGUUACAUUAUGCUGCGAAAGACGAAUAUGUCAGAAUCGUUGACAUUUUGAUGGAUUUCCAGCCCGAUCUCAGCAUUAGAAACAACGAUUAUAAAACUGCAAUUGACGUCGCAUGCUUGAAUGGCCAGUUUGACGCAAUAAUGCAUAUAUUGGAAAGACUGAAUGAUCCUGGACUGGUUUUGAAUCGACAAGACCCUAACGGAAUGGCGCCAUUGCACCGCGCUGUCAUGUCAGGUUCUUUGAAGACGGUCGCUUUGUUGUUAGAAAAAGGUGCUGACCCAGCGUACACGGGGAGUGGUCAUUGGAAUAAAACCUCUCUUCACGAAGCUGCGAAACGGGGACACACUGAGAUAGGAGAGCUUAUCCUAAGCAGUCGACCCCAACUCUUACACCAGAAAGACGAUUUUGGUUACAGCGCUUGUCAGUUAGCAGCAAUGGAAGGUCACGUGGCAUUUAUAGAGGCAGUUCUGGCGAGAGAAGACAGUCGAUCAGAUCGUCGAAUGAGCAUACUUGCCACGGUGCUCGGAGAGGAAUUGGGUGACCAGUUAACCAUCGAUGAACUAGCUUCCUCAGUGAGCGAACUGAUUUCUAAUAACUUGGGCAAUGUAGUUAAAAAGAUAGAGCUUCUACUCGCAAUAGUUCCUGAUGUAAAUAUCAAUGCUGUGAAUGAAGAUGGAUGGACCGCCCUGCAUGAAGUGGUAAAAACUGGCAAUGUACCUGCAUUACAUUUUCUCCUUGUACGAGGAGGUGAUUUAAACCACAGCAACCAGGGCACCACGCCGCUACAUCUUCUUAUGAAGCAACGACACGUCAAUGUUGUACCAAUGACCAAUCUUAUGUUGCGGUUCUGCCAAGACCGAUCUCAGUAUGUUAAUUCACAGGACAGUCAUGGCAAGACAGCUCUGCACUUCGCUAGUUCCCGGGGUAGUAUUGAAUGUGUGGAGAUACUAUUAUCUGCUGGUGCUGACAGCGAUGUUCAAUGUAAUAUGGGAAUGGCACCAAUACAUGAAGCCGUUAUUGGGAGCAGUGAGAAUGCGGUUGAAGUUAUAGAACAACUACAAACAGCAGGUGCGGAAUUGGAAAUGAUAGAUUAUGACGGAUCUGCACCGGUUCAUUAUGCAGCAAAGCAAGCAGAUGCACGAAUAAUGAAGGGUCUUAUAGACAAUGGUGCCUGUUCUCUGUCCAGAGACAAAUUGGAGCAGACGCCUUUACACGUGUUAGUUGUUGACAAAGACAACAACAAUACGGAGGAGCUGGUGAAAAUAUUAGUGCCUUGCCCAGGGGAUAAGUCAAUCAAUGAAGUAGACUCAGAUGGGUUGACAGCUUUACAUCGUGCUGCUAUGCUGAAAAAGGUGGACGUAAUGAGUGUUCUACUUAAUCAUAGAGCAGAUGCUGUAUUGAAGUGUGGUAAAUGGCAAGAAACUCCUAUAGAAAUGUUGUACCAUAACACGCUCGUCAAGUUUGUGGCUAAUGACCCAGUAACCAGUGAUCUAAACGUUGCCGGAAAGUUAGGAAAAGCAGAUAUCGUUGCAGCCAGUCCACAUCCUGUGAAGACGGCCUUACAUUAUUCAUCAGUCUUUAAGAAGAUUUCUAAAUUGAAAAAGGAUCAGCGUGAAAGUUAUGAAGAACUUGCAGAUAAAAUGGACGAGCUGGCGGUGAGAUUGUUUAACCAAUGCCCAGGUAGAAUCAGUGCUAACACUCUUAUCCGGGAUAACGACGAGUACCUGCUUAGUUAUUCUUUGGAGUAUAAACACAAGAAGUUUAUUUCAGCGAAUUUUACACAACGUUACCUCCGCGAAGUCUGGGUAGGUCAAAUGUACGACAUAUAUGGCAGCGUCCACAGUUCUAAGAUACGACUGUAUGGGUUCCUCUACGUCAUGACCCCUAUCAUCUUACCUAUAGCUAUGCUGUUAUAUUUAUGCUGUUUGCCGUUUUACAAAUGGUCUCAGAAAAACAAACGUAAACGUGGGAUUCAGCGAAGCGUUCGCGCCGAAGAUAUUCGGAGACGAAGCAGUAUUGAUGACAUUGAUUUUCACCCUAACCGUCGUUGCUGUCGAGGACGAUGUAGACGUGACUGUUGCACAGGUUAUUGUAAAGGCAGUUGCUGCAAAUGCAUCUACAACAACGUCACCAAUUACUUCUACUUUGUUUUCGUUGUCUCGAAGAAUUGUCCGUAUAUGCUAUUUUAUGCCAAUCUUGUUUCCUAUCUGGUGUUCCUCGUUCUAUUGUUAAUUAAAUGCGUCACCCACACAGACUACUAUAGCAUCGAGAGUCUACCAGUUGUGGAUUAUUUUCUCUCCGUCUUUAUUGUUGGAUACUUUGUAGAAGAAAUAAAGCAGUUUAUUGAGUCUCCGUCAUACAAAGAAUAUUUCAGUUCUAUGGCCAAUGUUUUUGAUGUUGUAAUGCUAACAUGUCUAACUGCAAUAAUGGCAUUUGAUAUCGUAAUCAUUGCUGUAGGCAUAGGACUUGAGCAGAAUGAGUUAGCUGUUAGUGCAAGUAUCGGCAUCGCUCUGGUCACACUCAUAGCUUUUUUCAGGCUCAUGCUCUUUCUUCAAGCAAGUCAUGGUGUUGGUCUCUUGCAGCUGACCUUUGCCCGUAUGUUUUACGACGUUGGUCAAUUGUUCAUAUUCUUGUUGAUUGGUUUGUUGGCUUUCAGUCUCUCUAUUAUUAAGGUGUACUCUUUACUAUCUGGUACUUAUAAUGGCGAGAUCGGAUCAGGACCGGAUGAGAGUGUUUCUAACAACACACAGGCCAGAUAUGAUAUCGGCGGAGCCGUGCUAUUCGCUCAAAUAGAAGACCUAUUCUGGACUUUGUUUGGACUAGGUGACAUUGACUCAUUCGACACUGACUUCCGGCCUGUUGAAACUAUUGGAAAAAUUCUCUUCGGUCUUUAUAAUUUACUGGCUGUUGUUGUCAUAUUGAAUAUGCUAAUUGCCAAAAUGAGCGAUACAUAUAACCGUAUAGAGAAAUUCCAAGUUACAAAGGGCGGUGAAGAAGAUAAUGACAAUUUGAAAGCUUUACCGUGGCAACGAGAUAGCAAAAUGGUUGAAAAUAGUGGUUGGCUACAGAGAAGGACGACGCCGUUCCACAAUCAUGCGAAAACUGUCAAACAGUGA